AUGGCUUCACUUUUACGACAGAUCGUCGCCGGACCGCGAGCGCGACAUCCAGAAGCAGGGUUGGACCUGUGCUACGUGACGGACGACGUUGUCGUUACUUCCGGCCCGAGUUCAGUAUGGCCGAAGAAAGCCUACCGAAAUCCCCUGAGCCAGCUCGUUGGCUUCCUCGAUCGGAAGCACGGCGAAGAUUGGUCCAUAUUCGAGUUUCGAGCAGAAGGCACUGGGUAUCCUGAUUCGGAGGUUUACAACAGGAUACACCACUUCCCGUGGCCGGACCACCACCCUCCUCCCUUCGCAAUAAUCCCAAAUCUUAUGGCUUCCAUGCGCAAUUGGAUCCAGCGCGCAGAAGAGAAAGCUGGCGAAGAGGGUGGUGACAAUAAGAGGCGAGUGGCCGUUGUACACUGCAAAGCCGGCAAGGGCAGGAGUGGCACAGCGGCCUGCUCAUACUUGAUCAGCGAGGAAGGAUGGAAGAAAGAAGACGCCCUACAACGAUUCACCACGAGACGAAUGCGCCCCGGGUUUGGCCUCGGCGUGAGUAUUCCAAGUCAGCUGCGUUGGGUUGAUUAUGUGGAUCGAUGGGCAAACAGGAUGGGCAAACGUUAUGUCGAGAGGCCUGUAGAGGUCGUUGAAGUCCAUGUUUGGGGUCUGAGGGACGGUGUCAAGGUGUCUGUGGAAGGGUUUGUCGACAACGGACGGCGCAUCCGCGCAUUCCAUACAUUCACUCGGCAGGAAAAGACCGUCGUGGAAGACAGCAACAGAUCAGCAAAUCCAGCCUCAGAGGCUAAAAAGCACGACCAAAUACUAACCAGUCCAACGAACGGCACCCCACAGUCAUCUUCGAUGAGCUUAGGCUCUAGCGCGGAGCCUUCUUCUCAGUCCGUGAUCCUCAAACCGUCUCAGCCACUGAUACUCCCAACCAGCGAUAUUAAUAUUGACUUCGAACGACGAAACAAAGCGGGGUACACGGGCCUCACAAUGGUCACUGCCAUUGCUCACGUAUGGUUUAAUGCAUAUUUCGAAGGCGGCCACGAAGGUCAUGAUUCCGGCAUUUUUGAAAUCGAGUGGGAAGCCAUGGACGGUAUCAAGGGUAGCUCCAGAAAGGGCACGAAAGCACUGGAUCGCCUCAAGGUCGUCUGGAAAUACGCCAAACAAGAAGGUGAAGGUGGACCCGUUGAAAGGAUCAUAACACAGCCCGAGAAGGGAGAGCCGGUACCAGAGGAGCAGCCCGCGGAUUGGCGAGGCGUUGACGAUACUGAGGUCCGGCCAGCGGACGGCGUUGAUAGUGGCCGGAAGGGAGCCGCUGCCCUGACAAUGGGGGCCAUGAUCAAUCAAGGGGCGACUACACUGGGCAAAGAACUUGGGCUUAGGAAAUCCCAGCCUGAAAGUGCAGAUGUGAGCCGUGCUUCGAGUGUGAAGGACGAGUCUACCUCGGGACAAGUCAGCAGUGACGCUCAGCGGGUGGAACAUGCUGAAGACGAGGGAGUCAAGCCAUUUGUGCCGGAAGAUGAAGCGACCGACUCUCGUGGUGCUACCAACCCAGAAGUUGAAGGUAGGCAAGACACAAAAACCGGUCACAGGAUGGAGGCGGGUUUGGCCAAAGCCGCUCUCGUCAUCUCCAAGAUGAAGCCGCCAAGGGACAAGGCUGACAAGGAGGGAGAGGGCCAGAAGGACGACGCAUGA